AUGGCCAAUGGAGCUGCCGCCGGCAGCAAGAUGACUGCCAUCAGCAGCAGCAGCACCACCACCGGCACACUCACACGGAACCAAAAUCAUCUGACUGCAAAUGGUUGUUUUGUCCACGCUCCAUUUUCACCGGGCUCAAAAUCUUACUCGUUGCAGUUUAGGCCGGCGUACCAGCCAGAGGGUCUGUACGAUGAGGCGAAGAGCAGCAUAAGCUCCAACGACGCCGGCGAGAAACCAAAGCUCCAGCUGUGGCAUCAGAAUGGUAGGUGUUCAGAGGGCACGGUCCCGAUCAGGAGGACGAGGGACGACCUGCUCCGAGCCAGCUCCAUUCGGCGGUAUGGCAGGAAACGGCAUACUGCUCCGAACCCAAUGUCUGUUGACCCUAACAUGCUCAGCGAGGGUGGUCACCAACAUGCCAUAGCGUACGUCCAGGGCGAUAAGUACUUCGGUGCUAAGGCCACCAUUAAUGUUUGGGAGCCCAAGAUUCAGCAGGCGAAUGAGUUCAGCCUGUCCCAGCUGUGGAUCUUGGGUGGUUCAUUUGGGGAGGAUCUUAACAGCAUUGAGGCUGGUUGGCAGGUUAGCCCGGACUUGUAUGGAGACAACAACACUAGAUUGUUUACAUACUGGACGAGUGAUGCAUACCAGGCAACAGGGUGCUACAACAUCUUGUGCUCGGGAUUCAUUCAGAUCAACAACGAGAUUGCCAUGGGGGCGAGCAUCUUCCCCAUCUCUAACUACGGUGGAUCCCAGUCUGACAUCAGCAUACUGAUCUGGAAGGAUCCGAAGGAAGGGAACUGGUGGAUGCAGUUUGGCAAGGAGUACGUCUUGGGCUACUGGCCGUCCUUCCUCUUCUCCUACCUCGCCGACAGCGCGUCGAUGAUCGAGUGGGGCGGCGAGGUGGUGAACUCGGAGCCUGACGGCACGCACACGUCGACGCAGAUGGGCAGCGGGCACUUCCCGGAGGAAGGGUUCGGCAAGGCAAGCUACUUCAAGAACAUCCAGGUGGUGGACAGCAGCAACCAGCUGAGCGCCCCCAAGGGGCUGGGAACCUUCACCGAGCAGUCCAACUGCUACGACGUGCAGGACGGCAACAAUGGCGCAUGGGGCACGUACUUCUACUACGGAGGACCCGGCAAGAAUGCUAACUGCCCGUGACUUUGUGUGGAAUACACUUUCUGUGUUGUUGCUCUGAGCGGGUGUGCAGAUGUAACCAGCCAUUGAUUGAUACAGCAUCUGUGUCUCGUCGUUCACCUCUAGUUUAGUUUUGUAAUAUGUGCA